AUGCCAACAAUACUCGGUACACUAGCUGAUAUUAGGAAAUUAGAGGUAGUCAAUUACCGCUGCGGCUGGCUACUGCAAUGGUAUUCCAGGAGUUUGCGAAGGUUUGCCAAAAUUCUAUAUGAGCCAAAUAGCCCUUUUUGCGCACAUGACAACACGUUAUAGUGCACUCAUUCCGUCCCCGAAAAACCACAACAGGACACAUCGAGCUCGGUAAAUCAGUGUUAUGAAUCAGAAGAGUUUCAAAACCAAGCAGCCAGCCGGCUAAGAAUCCACUCAGUAGCCAACCAUUCGAGCGCAGAAAACUACCAAUCUCUUCUUGAUCGGGAACCAUCGUUUCGGGCUUUCCAAGAAGGUUCUUCUCCAAUCCCCGCUUCAGUUCCAGCAAAUCCUUUUCGAAUUUCGUUCGAUUCAAUUUCACAUAGCCACGGUAGUUGCACACCUGAAAAAUAUACUUUAGUUCUUCUAUAA